AUGAGCUACGAAAUUACUGGUCCACCUCUCGUCUCGCCAUGGAUGAUGCUAUCGAUGUCCGAGGCUAGAAAUGAUAUCGACGAAACUAAAAUUGUUAUUCCGGGACACUCGGUUUGCGAUGCUCCACAACAAUUCAUGAGAGGACAUGGAACGUUCAUUCGAGAUGGAGAAAUCGUUAGUUCUCUUUCUGGAGUCGUUAAACAACUGAAUCGUCUUCUAAUGGUGAAAACAAUCAAACAACGAUACGCUGGAGAAGUUGGAGAUGUAGUUGUUGCUCGUGUCGUCGAAGUUCAGGCGAAACGAUGGAAGUGCGAUGUAUCAUCCCGGCUUCACGCCAAUCUUCCUCUCGGAUCCGUUCUGUUACCCGGUGGAGAUUUCCGACGAAAAGAUGUGGAAGAUGAGGAGAAAAUGAGCGAAUUUUUAAAAAACGGAGAGCUGAUAUGCGCUGAAAUCCAACAAGUACAACACGACGGAACUCUGAUGUUGCACACAAGAAACAACAAAUACGGAAAGUUGCAGCAGGGAAUUCUAAUCAAAGUUCCCCCGCACUUGAUCAAAAAAUCCAAGAAGCACUUUCACACGCUGCCCUACGGAAUGGCUGUCAUCAUUGGUUGCAAUGGAAACGUGUGGGUAACACCAGCGUUGCCAGAAACGACACUCGAGGAAGAUGGAUCACAUGUAAACGAGUUUCAAACUGUUCCCCAUGACAUCCGGCUCGUUAUGGUACGAGUCGCCGCUUGCAUUCGAAUUCUCCGUGAUUACUCGAUUUCGAUCUUCCUCAAUUCACUGACAACGUGCUAUGAAAUGAGUCAACCUUAUGAUAUCAAAGAGCUGUCGGAUCAGGAGACGUCAUCUCGGCUUGCCUACCUCAUCGCUGCGCGCCUUCUUCAGGAACUUCAACAGCAACAGCAGAAGUAA